UGCACAUACAUAGGCCCUAACCCUCCCUCCGUUCACCCUUCCAGCCGCUGCUGCCCCUUUCAAAGCCCCCAACACCCUAAAACCAUCGAGUCACCGAUUCGACUCAAUGGGUCGAGUCAUCCGAGCUCAGAGAAAGGGUGCUGGCUCUGUCUUCAAGUCCCACACCCACCACCGUAAGGGUCCGGCCCGGUUCCGUUCGCUUGAUUUCGGUGAAAGGAACGGGUAUUUGAAGGGGGUGGUAACAGAGAUUAUCCACGAUCCGGGUCGGGGCGCACCUUUAGCUCGCGUAACAUUUCGACACCCUUUUCGAUACCAGCACCAGAAGGAGCUGUUCGUGGCGGCUGAAGGGAUGUACACCGGGCAGUUCGUGUACUGCGGAAAGAAGGCAAAUCUGAUGGUCGGAAACGUUUUGCCCUUGCGUUCGAUUCCUGAAGGUGCGGUUGUGUGUAAUGUGGAGCAUCACGUUGGUGAUCGCGGCGUGUUCGCGAGAUCUUCGGGAGAUUAUGCUGUUGUAAUCAGUCAUAAUCCUGAUAAUGGAACCUCCAGGAUUAAGCUUCCAUCUGGUGCCAAGAAAAUUGUGCCAAGUGGGUGCCGUGCUAUGGUUGGCCAGGUUGCAGGUGGAGGCAGAACUGAGAAGCCAUUGUUGAAGGCAGGAAAUGCAUAUCAUAAGUUCAGAGUGAAAAGGAACUGCUGGCCCAAGGUCCGUGGUGUUGCCAUGAACCCUGUUGAGCAUCCCCAUGGUGGUGGUAACCACCAACACAUUGGGCAUGCUAGUACCGUUCGCCGAGAUGCUCCUCCUGGCCAAAAGGUUGGUCUCAUUGCUGCCAGGAGGACUGGUCGUCUUAGAGGACAAGCAGCAGCUACUGCUGCAAAGGCUGACAAGAGUGCUUAGAAUAUGUUACUGCUUUGUAUUCCUCGUCAUUUUAUUUUUUGCUCUUGAAAGUUUUUCAUUUGCUUUCUCUGGUUAUGCUGAAAAUUUUGUUUGCUAACUUUUGAAGGAUUUUUUUUUGAUAUUUAAUAUGUGAACUUCAAUCUUUUGUAUGAUUCGUUUCGAAAGCUAAUUUUGUUAGAAAUUAAUUUUUGGA